CAGCAUGGCGGCGGCUCCGCCCUCCUCAAGAUGGCGGCGCCGGAGCAGGCGCCGCCGCCGCCCGAGGGCUCGAAGCCGCUGAGCGCUCUUCUUAACGGCAUCGCCCAGGCCGCCUACUACGGCAAUGCGGACAUCACGGAGGAGCUGCUGCACGGGCAGCUCUACCCCGAGGCGGCGCCGGAGGAGUUCCGCGCCCUGCGCGCCAAGAUGAGCGGGCUUCUGCAGUCCAUUGCUUCAGCAGACAUGGAUCUGAACCAGCUGGAGGCUUUCCUCACUGCCCAGACCAAGAAGCAAGGUGGCAUCACAGCAGAGCAGGCUGCAGCCCUUGCCAAGUUCUGGAAGCACCACCGAGCCAAGAUCCACGAGAGCCUGGUGAGCCGCAGCCGCCGCGGCAGCGUCCUGAGGAGCCUCAGCUGGAGGGUGGAUCUGAAGGCACAGGCCAGGCACCUGGAGCAGCUCCACACCCCUGUGGCCAUCGUGGAGAUGGAGCUGGGCAAGGAUGGGCAGGGGCCGGAGCUGCUCUGCCUGGAGCUGGACGAGGCCAAGCUGAGCCAGGUGCUGAGGAGGCUCUCAGAGGUGGAGGAGAGCAUGGCCUUGUUGACUCAGGCCUCCUGAAUAAAGAGGUUUG